AUGCCUCCUCAAAUCUUCAAGGGCCGUGUCCUCGCCGCGGCAGGUCCUCUCCCAGGACAGUUGACAGUUGAAAACUUGAAGCGAUGGGCCUCAAUCCGCAAGGGCGACUUUGUUGAUUACUUUGACGAAGAUGUCACUCACCUGCUCUGCACCAGAGAACAGUUUGACAAGAGGGUUCCUAGGGUCAAAGAUGCGUUGAAGCGUGGGAAACGCUUUCACAUUGUUCACUGCGACUGGUUCGAGUUCUCGGCCGUCAAGAACAAGCGUCUCCCUGAGAAGGAGUUUUCCAUGAGGAACAUCCUUGCCAAGCAGAAUGCAAAGAGACGCGAGAGAGCACGUAUCGAAAGGGGGAAGAGAGAUGGCGAAAAGUUUGUCAACACGAACUUUUACCACAUCUACAGAGAUCGAAGCAACUUUGUCUAUCAGCUUGACAUUACACGCGACGAUGAAGCUGCUGGUGAAUUCGGACAGAAGUAUACACUCUGCCUCUGGGAGUCCAAUGCAAAGCCUCACCUGUACUGGUUCACUGCCAAAUUCACCAAGCGCAAGGGAAACUCUCAACCUACCUAUCAUCGGCCAAGUGUAUGCCCAGACAAGUGGCGCCCGCAGAUGGAUCUCUUCAUGGAGUUUUUCCGGGUCAAGACUGGUGUCCCUUGGGAAGAUCGAGUGACACUUGCCAUGACGAUGCCGAGCCCGUACUUUCAGUAUGAGCCCCCAACUGGUGGUAAACCUCUAGGGAGGCGUCUCCGCUUCGAUUCCGAGUAUUGCCAGCAGAUCAACGCUGAGCUACGAGGUCUUCCAUGGCCUCCGGUUGAGGAGGCCCAG